AUGGCGAUGGCGACCGGGGCGGCGAUGGAAACCUUCAAAGGUGAGGGAUGUGAAGAAGUCAACUAUGCCAUGUGUGAUAGUAGGAGUGCUGAGGGUAUUGAAGAAUAUGGGUUUGCCAUAAUUGAUCUUGAUGAGUUACAUGGAAGAAAUGCACGAUGCGUAGAGGGUAGCUCAAUGCGGAGCGAUAUAGAGGUUGGAGACAUUAGCUUGUACGCAAAUGCAUCAUCUGAUAAUGUAGAUUUCUUGAAUAUGGAUAGUCAAUUUGAGUAUACUCAUCCCGAGUUCAAUGCUGAUGUGGAUAUGGAGAAGUUAGGGAUGUGCUUUAGCAAUGCUAAGGAGUUUAGAGAAGCAAUUAAGAAUUAUGCCAUAAAAAAUGGGAGACAGGUGAGGUUUGCUAAGAAUGCACCAAAUAAGGUGAGGGCGGUGUGUUCGGAAGGUUGUGGUUGGCUUAUAUAUGCUUCCAAAAUGCAAGGGGAGCAGACUUUACAAGUCAAAACCUACAAUCCCAUACAUAAAUGUAAUAGAGCUCUACAUGUUCCUCAAGUAAGCUCUAAAUGGUUAGCAAAAAAGUAUUGUGAUCGGUUGAGGAAUAAUCCAACAUGGCCAGGUGCUUCAAUGAAGAAAACAAUGGAGUCUGAGAAUGUUUUGAAGCUAUCCAGGACAAUGGUUUAUAGAGCUAGGGCUACAGCAAUGAGUAUGGUUACGGGGAAUGAGCGGGAGCAAUUUCGGAUGCUUAGAAGUUAUUGCCAAGCACUUCUUGAUUCCAAUCCAAGAUCCACUUUUGUAAUCAAGAGCGAGCAAUGUCAAGACCAAUCCAAGUUUAGAGGAGUCUACAUAUGUCUAGAUGCAUUGAGGAGGGGUUUUCUAGAAGGAUGUAGGCGCUUUGUAGGGUUUGAUGGUUGUCAUUUGUCAUCAGGCUACAAGGGUGUACUUCUAGCAUUUGUAGGCCUAGAUGGAAACAAUCAAAUGUAUCCAUUUGCAUGGGCGGUUGUGGGACAAGAAACAUAUGAAACACGGACCUGGUUUAUUAGUAUGAUGGCGGAAGAUCCGGGGAUCGGAGACCCUACAAAUUCCAAGUAUUGGACUUUCUUGUGUGAUAAGCAGAAGGGAUUAGUGCAAGCACUAGCAAAUUUGAUGCCUGAAGUAGAACACAUAUUUUGCUUAAGGCAUCUUUAUGAGAAUUUCAGGCUGCGUCACAAAGGAAUGGAACUUAAACGUUUGGUUUGGAAGGCUACCAUGGCAACUAGGGUGUGUGAUUUCAACUUAGCAAUGGAAGAGCUUAAGGCGGUCAAUGAAAAAGCUCAUGAUUGGUUAUCCCAAAGGCCUCCAGUGCAAUGGAGCAAGUCCCAUUUCGGAACAAGCUCAAAAUGCGACGCUUCCUUGAAUAACCGGUGCGAAAGCUUCAACAAGAGCAUUAUUGACGCCGGAGACAAGCCUAUCAUCACAUUGGUUGAAGCUAUAAGAGUGCAACUCAUGGAAAGGAUUCAUAAGCAAAAAGAUGGGUUGGCUAACUACAAUGGUGUGAUCUGUCCUAAGAUUCGGGAGAUUCCAAAGAUACCGGCUCCGCUAGAGAUCAUUUACUCCCACCCGAUGUGCCUAAGCAAAUUUUCCAGCAUCUACUCUAGCUUGCUCAAGAUAUCAGAUUCUGCUUUGCUACUGAAUGCAAGGAUGGAGAUCAAGUGCAUUUCAGCAUUUUAG